ACGGCGGCAGCCGCACAGCUGAGCCAUGAUCGCGGCGGCGUUCCUGGUCCUGCUGAGACCCUACAGCAUCCAGUGCGCCCUCUUCUUGCUCCUGCUGCUGCUGGGCACCAUCGCCACCAUUCUAUUCUUCUGCUGCUGGCACCGCAGGCUGCAGAAGGGCAGGCACCCCAUCAAAUCCGUCUUCUCGGGCCGCUCGCGGAGCCGAGAUGCUGUCAUGAGAACGCACCACUUUCGCUCUGAGGUAAUUUAUUUAGCACGCAAUUUCAAGGGCUUUAGAUCAAGUCCUCGUCAUGCCAGAAGACGUGUAGCACCUCGCCUUGAGGAAACACAGCCUUUAGUAGAAGCUCACCAUCUAAGCGAGCAGGAAACCUCUGUAAGAAAAAGGAAAAUCAAGAAAAGCAGCCGAGUGCAACCAGAAUUUUAUCAUUCCGUUCAAGUUACACCAACUCGAAAACCAAGCUCCGGCACCGCGUCCUACCGCUGCUCCAUGUCGUCCUCCGCCGAUCUCUCCGAGGAGGAAGACCUCAGCCAGAAGUCGGGCACGGGGUCGCCGGCACCGGGGGACACGCUGCCCUGGAACCUGCCCAAGCACGAACGCUCCAAGCGGAAGAUCCACGGCGGCUCCGUGCUGGACCCGGCCGAGCGGGCCGUGCUGCGCAUCGCCGAUGAACGGGAUAAAGUACAAAAGAAGACCUUCACAAAAUGGAUAAAUCAACAUCUCAUGAAGGUUCGAAAACACGUGAAUGACCUCUAUGAAGACCUAAGAGAUGGACAUAACUUAAUCUCACUUUUAGAAGUCCUUUCUGGAGACACCCUGCCAAGAGAGCGAGAUUUUUUGAAGACCUUACGGUUGGUGAGUUCAACAGAAGCAUGCGCGUAUGAACAGCAUGAGGAUGUGGAGGAUGAGGAUAAGGGGCCCCGAGAAAAAGGUCGGAUGCGUUUUCACAGACUCCAGAACGUCCAAAUUGCACUUGACUAUUUGAAAAAGCGCCAGGUGAAACUGGUUAACAUUAGGAAUGAUGACAUAACAGAUGGGAAUCCCAAGUUGACUUUGGGGUUGAUAUGGACCAUAAUUUUGCACUUUCAGAUAUCUGAUAUCCAUGUUACUGGAGAGUCAGAGGACAUGUCUGCUAAAGAGAGAUUGCUCCUGUGGUCACAGCAGACAACUGAGGGUUAUGCUGGAAUCCGUUGUGAAAAUUUCACUACCUGCUGGCGAGAUGGAAGAUUAUUUAAUGCCAUCAUUCAUAAAUACAGGCCGGACCUGAUAGACAUGAAUACCGUUGCUGUUCAAAGCAACCUUGCAAAUUUAGAACAUGCUUUUUUUGUAGCAGAAAAACUUGGUGUUGCCAGACUUCUGGAUCCUGAAGAUGUUGAUGUUUCCUCACCUGAUGAGAAAUCAGUAAUAACUUAUGUGUCAUCACUUUAUGAUGCAUUUCCCAAAGUACCAGAAGGUGGUGAAGGCAUCAGUGCAAAUGAUGUUGAAGUCAAAUGGGUUGAAUAUCAGAAUAUGGUGAACUACCUCAUGCAGUGGAUCAGGCACCAUGUCACAAUAAUGUCUGACAGAACAUUUCCCAACAAUCCUGUGGAGCUGAAGGCACUUUAUAAUCAAUAUUUACAGUUUAAAGAAACAGAAAUUCCACCUAAGGAGACAGAUAAAUUAAAAAUUAAACGUCUAUAUAGACUGCUGGAGGUCUGGAUAGAAUUUGGACGCAUCAAACUUCCUCAAGGCUAUCAUCCAAAUGAUAUAGAAAAAGAAUGGGGAAAGCUUAUUAUUGCCAUGCUGGAAAGAGAGAAGACUCUUCGGCCUGAAGUGGAGAGGUUGGAAAUGCUGCAGCAGAUUGCAAACAGAAUUCAGCGGGACAGCCGAAGCUGUGAGGACAAACUGAUACUUGCCCGGAAUGCUCUGCAGGCUGACACCAAACGACUAGAAUCGGGGCUUCAGUUUCAGCAUGAAGCAGAAAUAGCUGGGUAUCUUCUUGAAUCUGAGAACCUUCUCCGCCAGCAAGUGAUUGAUGCCCAAAUUCUUAUUGAUGGAAAGUACUAUCAGGCAGACCAGCUUGUACAGAGGGUUGCAAAACUUCGUGAUGAACUGAUGGCCAUACGAACAGAAUGUUCUUCUCUAUACAGCAAGGGACAUGCACUGACAGCAGAACAGACAAAGCUGAUGAUAUCAGGAAUAACUGAAAGCUUAAACUCAGGAUUUACAACAAACCUAACUCCUGAAUUAAAUGCUGCAAUGACUCAAGGUUUAACACCUAGUUUGACUUCUUCCAGUUUGACAUCUGGCCUCUCAUCAGGUCUUACUUCCAGGUUGACACCAGCCAUGACUCCUGCUUACACACCAGGCAUCCCACCGCGGUUAAUUCAGAGCUAUGUAACAGGAGUAGAUGGUGGAACUCUGCAAACACUCAAACUUACGCAAAUCAGAAAACCUCUUAUGAAAUCAGCUUUUGUGGACCAGAAUUUAACAGAAGAAGAAGUGAACAUGAAAUUUGUCCAGGACCUAUUGAACUGGGUAGAAGAAAUGCAGGUGCAACUAGAUCGAGUGGAAUGGGGUUCAGAUUUACCAAGUGUUGAAAGCCAUUUAGAAAAUCACAAAAAUGUUCACAAAGCUAUUGAGGAGUUUGAAGCCAGCCUUAAAGAAGCGAAAAUCAGUGAGAUCCAAAUGACUGCCCCUCUGAAACUCAGUUAUGCAGAAAAAUUGCACAAACUGGAAAGUCAGUAUUCAAAACUCUUGAACACAUCAAGAAAUCAGGAAAGGCAUCUAGAUACUCUUCACGAUUUUGUGUCUCGUGCUACUAGAGAGCUGAUAUGGCUGAAUGAAAAAGAAGAGGAGGAGGUUGCAUAUGACUGGAGUGAAAGAAACCCCAAUAUAACAAGAAAAAAGGAAUACCAUGCAGAAUUAAUGAGAGAACUCGAUCAAAAAGAAGAAGUUAUUAAGUCAGUACAAGAAAUAGCUGAACAGUUACUUCUUGAAAAUCACCCAGCCAGGCUAACCAUUGAGGCCUACAGAGCUGCAAUGCAGACACAGUGGAGCUGGAUUCUUCAGCUCUGUCACUGUGUUGAACAACAUUUGAGAGAAAAUGCUGCAUAUUUUGAGUUUUUCAGUGAUGCCAAAGAGGCCAUGGAGUAUUUAAAGAAUUUGAAAGAUGCCAUAUACCGAAAAUACAGUUGUGACAGAUCAAGCAGCCUUCAUAGGCUGGAAGACCUUGUCCAGGAGUCUAUGGAAGAAAAGGAGCAACUCCUGCAGUAUAAGAGCACAGUAGCAGGCCUUGUGGGGAGAGCAAAGGCGAUAAUUCAGCUGAAGCCAAGGAACCCUGACUGUGUACUGAAAACAACCAUCCCAAUUAAAGCCAUCUGUGACUACAGACAAAUUGAGAUAACUAUUUACAAGGAUGAUGAGUGUAUAUUAGCAAACAACUCCCAUCGUGCUAAAUGGAAAGUCAUUAGCCCAAGUGGUAAUGAGGCCAUGGUUCCAUCUGUAUGCUUUAGUGUUCCUCCACCAAACAAGGAAGCAAUAGAUACAGCUAACAGGAUUGAACAGCAGUUUCAGAACGUUUUGGCCCUUUGGCAUGAGUCGCAUGUAAACAUGAAGAGUGUGGUUUCCUGGCAUUACCUAACAAAUGAAAUUGAAGCAGUUAGAGCUGGCAAUGUUGCCUCGAUAAAAACAAUGCUGCCAGGUGAACAUCAGCAGGUUCUGAGCAAUUUGCAGUCCCGCUUUGAUGAUUUUGUGGAAGAUAGCCAGGAGUCCAAAAUCUUUACAAGCUCUGAUACUGCACAACUGGAAAGGGAAGUUAAUAUUUGCAAGCAAUACUAUCAAGAGCUUCUGAAGUCUGCAGAAAGAGAGGAGCAUGAAGAAUCUGUUUACAAUCUGUACAUCUCCGAAGUCAGAAAUAUCAGGCUCCGGCUGGAGACCUGUGAGGAGCGGUUAAUCCGACAGAUCCGGACCCCAAUGGAAAGAGAUGAUCUACAUGAAAGCGUCUUUAGGAUUUCAGAGCAAGAGAAGCUGAAGAAGGAGCUGGAUCGACUGAAGGAUGACCUGGGAGUCAUCACAGAUAAAUGCGAAGAGUUCUUCAGUCAGGCUGCUGGUUCACCUUCAGUUCCCACCCUGCGCUCUGAACUCAGCGUUGUUAUUCAGAAUAUGAACCAAGUUUAUUCCAUGUCUUCCAUUUACAUAGAUAAGUUAAAAACUGUGAAUUUGGUGCUGAAGAAUACUCAAGGUGCAGAAUCAUUAGUAAAACUCUACGAGACUAAGUUGUGUGAAGAAGAGGCAGUAACUGCUGACAAAACCAACAUUGAAAAUCUUAUGGGUACAUUAAAGCAAUGGAGAUCUGAAGUAGACGAGAAAAGAGAAGUAUUCCAUGCCUUAGAGGAUGAGCUGCAGAAGGCAAAGAUGAUCAGCGAUCAGAUGUUUAAAAUGCACAAGGAACGUGAUCUUGACUUUGACUGGCAUAAGGAAAAAGUUGAUCAGUUAGCCGAGAGGUGGCAAAAUAUUCAUUCUCAGAUUGAAAAUAGGUUACGUGACUUAGAAGGUAUUAAUAAAUCUCUGAAGUACUACAAAGAUACUUACAAUUCAUUGGACACUUGGAUUCAGCAAGUGGAAGAUACUCAGCGUAAGAUUCAAGAAAUCCGUCCUGAAAAUAGCAAAGCAUUGGCUAAACAGCUGAACCAACAUAAGAUGCUGGUUUCUGAGAUUGAAAUGAAACAAAGCAAAAUAGACGAAUGCCAGAAAUAUGCAGAACAGUACUCAGCUGCUGUGAAGGACUAUGAGUUGCAGACUAUGACUUACAGAGCUAUGGUUGAUUCCCAACAAAAAUCUCCAGUGAAACGACGAAGAAUGCAAAGCUCAUCAGACUUCAUUAUUCAAGAGUUCAUGGAUUUACGAACUCGUUAUACUGCCUUAGUGACUUUGAUGACACAGUACAUCAAGUUUGCAGGUGACUCUCUGAAAAGACUGGAAGAGGAAGAGAACUUACCAGACGAGAGUGAACUCCAGCAACCUGUGAAGUCAGCUGAAGUCUUUGAAUGUUUGGGAUGUAACGAAGUGGAAAGUACGCCUAAUGAAAGCACAGUGGAUGUGGAAUAUAUGCAAAAAGAUAACUCUCCCAGGAAACCUAAACACACAGAAAAUACACAGGAAAUUCAGAGAAGAAAAUUAGACAGAACUGAUAAAAACAAAACUGAUAGAACUUUAAAACAGUUUUUAAGUGUCAGUGAUCAAGAAAGUAGCGUUAAUGGCAACAGAGAAUAUAAGCUAUGUACAGAGCAAGACAAUGUAAUGGUGUUUGGUGAUCAAAGUAAGGAAGAUGAUAGAAAAGACUGUUUUCUUUCAGCUGAGACCUAUGUGAGAGGAAACAAUAAUCCUAAUCAGCAGAUUGUUAGUGGAGAGAGACUGAAAAUAGAGGGAGAAACAAAUAAGUUAUCUGAACUGGAUGAAGUACAUGAAAACAAAGAAAGAAAAAGAUCAAGAAAAGCACAGAGUGAUCCAAAUUUAGAUACAGAAUUGUUGGGAAAUGCACAGGAAUUAAAUACACCAUCAGAAAUGAUUUCUGGAGGAGGGAAUUAUUUUCCAGAACAUAGAUUAGGUAAAAAACUUUUGUGUUGGGAAGAGACAGUUAGUGAGAAGAAAAUAUCACAGGGUAAGAUGUAUGGCUUGGACACCAUAAAUAUAAAAAGGAAGGAACUGAGUGGAGAGAAUGAGUUAGCACAGGAUGAGAAAUACAAAGAUCUAUGGCUAGUUGCAGAAAUGGAAAGUAAAGAUAAAGGUCAAAGCACAGGCAUACCUGGAAAAAACACUGAAGUCCAAAAAGCAUUCUAUGAAAAAACAGUAAGCAAAAUCUCCCUUGAAAAAAGAGAGAAGCCAAAGAAAAAAGACAGUGGUAAUGAAGAUAAAUGGCGCCCAACUAUAAUUAAGAGGUCAAUGGAAGAAGAAAAAAAAGAACAUGUUGAGAAGGCUGGGGAUUUACUGAAAUGGGUGUCAAACCUCAGCAAGACACUCAGCAAAGAAGGAGGAGAAAAGGCUGAAAAAACAGAUUUGCCUAAGCAGCAGAUUUCCCUUGAAGAAAUGUCAGCUAAGAAAGAACAAAUAGCUGAAGCUCUGCAGACUACUCAGGCAUUUUUAGCUAAACACAGUGACAAAAUGACAGAUGAAGAGAGAGGUGAAAUGGAAAAACAAGUCAAAUCCCUCCAGGAGAGCUACAGUUUGUUAGCCAAUGAAGCUGUGAAGCAGCUGCAGGAAGCACACUAUUUGGAUGAUGAAAAGAUGGAAGAAAAGGUGCAUAAAGUCAUUGCUGGUAUCAUUGACCAAACGACUGGAGAAGUCCAUUCUAUUUUUCAGUCUAUUCUAAAAGGUUUUAUUGACUAUGACACUGGAGUUAGGUUGCUUGAGAAUCAGCUGAUCCUUACUGGAAUAAUUUCUCCAGAAUUAGGAAUAUGUUAUGAUUUGGAAGAAGCUAAAGCUUGUGCCCUAAUUGAUGAUCAGACUCUAUUGCAGUUACAGGAAUUAAAUAAUGCAAAGAAGCUUAUUUCAGAGUCAACAUUAUCAAAUCUUCCAGUUAUAUCAGCUUUAGAACAAGGUCUAAUUUCAGAACCUUUGGCUAUUAAAAUUCUUGAGAAUCAGCUUUCAAGUGGGCACUUGAUUUUGCCAUCUACUGGAGAGCACCUGACUUUGCAGAAUGCUUUCCAGAGAAACCUGAUUUCUCCAGCAUUAUAUGCAAAGCUUCUGGAAAGACAAGACACUUGUAAAGAUCUCAUAGACCCUAAUUGCGCUGAAAAGAUUUCCCUUGAGCAGAUGCUUCAUAGAAGCAUAAUACAUGGUGAAACAGGGUUAAGACUCCUACCAGUGAAACCACAAGAAAAAGGUAGAAUCAUACUCAAAUGUGGAAGGAAAAUAACUAUUUUGAGAGCAGCCCAUGAAGGACUCAUUGACAGGGAGACAAUGUUUAGGCUGCUGGGGGCUCAGAUAAUAUCUGGAGGUAUAAUUGACCCUGAGUCGGGGAAGCAAAUGACUGUGGAAGAGGCCGUGAGUCAAGGGAUUAUAGGUCAGGACACUGCUUGUGGAAUCUUCACACAUCAGGUUCAAACGGGUGGAAUCCUUUGUCCAAAUUCUGGGCAACGCUUGACUGUUGAUGAAGCCAUACAAUGCAAUUUAAUAUCAUCUACCAGUGCACUGCUGGUGUUAGAAGCACAGAGAGGCUUUGUUGGACUAAUAUGGCCUGACACAGGUGAAAUAUUCCCCAUAUCAACAUCUUUGCACCAAGAAAUGAUAACAAGUGAGCUGGCAUUCAAAAUUCUAAGUGAUAGGCAGAAAAUAGCUGCACUUUACAUUCCAGAAACUUGUGAAGUACUCAGUCUAGACAGGGCUGCACAGUCAGGGUUAAUAGACAUCAAUACUGUAUCUAUUCUGAACAGUGUGACUUUACCGGAUAAAAUGCCCGGUGUAGAAGAAUUAGAAUCCUCCUGUAAAAAUGCUGCAAAAUGGUUAUCAUCAUAUGAAGUCAUGUCAUCUUUAUUUCAUGACUGUGAAGAGGAACAGGAAGAUUCUGGUACAGAAGACCCUGCAUGUCGUAAUUCAGACCAAGCUAAGAAAUUGUUCAUAUCUUAUCUGAUGGUGAAUAGUUAUAUGGAUGCAAACACUGGAGGAAGACUUCUGUUAUAUGAUGGACAAUUGCAGGAAGCCAUCAAUAUGUUUCUGGAAGGGGAUAGUUCUGCAUACACUACUGAUGUGUCAGAAACGGCUUUCAACAACAAACACAUAAGUCCAAAAGGAAUUAAUCUAAAGUCAGCUGGCAAUGUCCACUUCGGUAAUAUUAUAGGCAGUGUUCAAGGUGGUCCUUCAGGUGCUGAAAAUACUUCUGAUGACAAGAAGUUAAUUCAGUUUGGAGAUUUGGAGAAUUAUACGUGUUCACAGAGAAAAGAUACAUGUAGAUCAGAUGUUUGCAGUGAUACUGGUACUGAACAAUCACAGUUUACUGUGGAGAUGCUGCUAAAUAAACCUGCAGAACUUAAAAAUGUAGAAAGUAACACUCGAAAUUUCAGUAACAGAAAUGCACUCGAGAGUCUUUUGGAGGAUUCUGAGUGGACACCAUUAGAGGUGUAUAAGCAUAAUGAUGAGAAAGCAAAUUCAAGAAACACUGAAGGAGUUUUUCCAAAUGACUCAAAUCUAAAUCUUAUGUCAGAUACAGAAGAAGAAGAGGUUGUUAUGACAGAUAAUCUGGGUAAGGAAAACAGAAAUGAUAAAACCUUAUACAGUUCCUUGAGUGUGAAUGACUUGUCAGAUAAUGAAAUCUGGACAGACCUGGAAAAGACCUUCACAAAAUACGAGCCUCAUGUAUUGCAACCUGACAGUUAUAGAAUGGCACUGGGUAAUGUUGAGAAAGAUGAUUUUCAAGGAAGUUUUGGUUCAUCCUUCAACACAGAUACUGAAUACAGAAUUCCAGAAGAAUCAGAUAGUCAGUGUGGUGACACACUGCAAUUUGAAGGUAAUGGACACAGUGAACAACCUCCGCUGGACUACACUGAUGUACAUAAUAGGCCAUCUCUAGAGAGCUGUCCAUGUAGACAUCGCAGGCAGUCUUUGGAUGGUAGUACUGAUUUCCAGAGUAAACUAUGUCUAGAAAACAGUAGAGAAAUACAGUGGAGGCCUUUGUUGGAGGCCAGUACUGUUACACAUGAUGGACCACCUGAGGGGGUCAUUGACAGCAUGGCACAAAGCGUAUCAGUAGAAGAAAACAAUCUUGUGUUUGACAAGUUAUUACCUGGAGACAGUAGUUCUGACUCAUCACUAGAAGGGAGUGAUAGCAUCCCACAGGUUGAAAGUAGCUGCUCACAGCAUGAUUGUAGUGAGGCAGUCUCAGAAGAGGACAGCUCGCAGUUUGAUGAUGAUGAUGAUGAUGAUGACGAUGCCUAUGAAACUCCUCAGGUUGAUGAUGAUGACAGUGAUUUCUAUGGUACUCCACAAUUUGAUGACGAUUCCUAUGACACCCCUCAAGAUGAUGAUGAUUUUCGUACCUUACAGCUGGAGGAUGAUGAUACACCAGAGCCAGAGAAUGUUCCGUUAGGAUUUCUAGAGGAGAGAGGUGGUCUGAUAGCUCUGAGAGAAGAGAACAGCUCUUAUGAGGAACUUCCAACUAAUGCUGGAGAGAACAUCCAUUACAUUAGAGAUAUAAAUCAGACAGCUCUAACUGAGGGUGUUAAUGUAGCUUCUACAAGUGCUGAAACUUUGGAAACAGCCCCUGAAGAGGAAAGGGAAAGAACAAGGAACUUUGAAGAGGAGCAAAAAUUACCAGUUACUCUGGGCAGUGAAGAAAGUAGGGAGGGAUGCUGUACUUCUUUUCAGAAGAGGUAUGAAACAAAAACACAGCGAGACAGAAACGAAGAAGAUGAAGUGAAAGCAGCAAGUGACUACUGUGAGUAUGAAUUGGAAGGAAAACAGGAGGAGGAAGACUAUGAUUAUGACUAUCUGGAUUAUGAUAGUUAUGAUGACUCUGAUACUGAGUCUGACAGUGAAGAAGAAAUGGAUACUUUUUAUUCACAUAAUCAGUGUCAAAGCAGAGAUGACCAGAUGUUAAUUCCUGCAGGGGACAUAGAAAAUAGAGAGGAAAAUAAUCAGAAUAUUGAUGAGUAUUGCUGUUCUUUAGGCCACAAGACAGAGUAUAAUUUGCAGUUCCAGUCUAAUCAUGGAAAUGGAGAACUAUCUUUGGGAAAAUGUGAAACUGCAUCAGAUAUCUGUGAGAAAAGAUGCGUUGAUACAUAUACAGGCAAAAAAGAAAGUGAACAAAAACCAGAAGAUGAGUACGGAACUUUUCCCAAAAAUGAAAACAUGUCAGAAGAUACUACUGAGGAUAUUCAGUCUGAAAAUACCUUUGACACAAAAUGUAUAUCCUGUAAGAGUGAAGAAAAUAAUAAAACACACUUUCUUGAUGAUACUAUGAUAUCUGACAUUAGAGUGACACCUUUCCUAAUUACAAAGCAAGCUACUGGAGAUGAUGAAAAUACUAAGACAGAUUUGCUUCUAUCAGAACACUUUAUUCACAGCAUGAACAAAAGCUGUAGUACUGUGCCAGUGUUACAUUUAGAUCAUGGGCAAAGACAAAAAGAAGCAGUAUUUGCAGAGGAAAAAGCAUUAAGUGAUGUGGCUGGUUUGGAACAACGAAAGGCGAGUUCAUCCCAAAAGGAGAGUAAAUUCCUCACAGAUAUGCAUUAUGCUAGUGAUGAUGUUAGUUCACUUUGUGACCGAGUACAUCCAAUUACCAACAAGAAGCAUGGUGAAAUAAGAAGAGAUUUUGAAACUCUGGCAGAAAAUGGAGUAAAUAUUAAAAAGGAGUGUGGUGUCAUGGAGCUAAAUAAAAGUCCCAUUCAUAUGGAAAGUCUUGGGGAAAUAUUUGAUGCAUCAACAGUUAAAGCUGAUACAGAAAUUAUUUCAAAUAAUGAGAAAGUAAAUACUGGUCAAACUUGGCCUGACGUUGAAAGGGGUGUGAUAUCAGCUGAAUUUAAGAGAGAUUUUAAUAUUUCAUCUUCUCUAGAACAAUGUACAGCAAGCUUAAAAGGAAAAAACAAUUCAGAAUUGGAUGAAACUGAAUCCUGUUGCCUUAAGGACAUAGAACAGGUGAAAAAUAGUUUACAGAAUGAAAAAGAAUUUCUGCUCAAUAUGGAAGAAAUACAUUCAAGAGGAUUUAACACUUACUCCUUCCCCCCAACUGUUUCAGUGAAGCCGAAGGAAAUUAGCAUGUCUAAAGAGACGUUGGUCUGUCAAAGCGACAGUGUUCUUAAAGACCUUUCAGAAAAUAAGGACAGCAAUGGUGAUGAAUUUACGCUCAUAAAAGCAGGUGCCUCAGGAAGCACUGACGAUGCAAAAGAAUCUGGGGAUGAGAUUGAAGCUCUACCUUCUGGGAAUCAUACACAUACCACUGAUUUUUCUUCUGCAAUUUUGAGCAGCACAGAGGCUGACUGGAAUAAUGUUGCCCAGAAAGAAUCUGAAGCACUGAAAAACACAAAGGGAGAAAAGUUCAUGGCCAGCGAGACUUCUUCCUUUGAAAAUGGUUUCAAAAAGCAAUUAUGCGUGGAAUCAUUACAGAACAAAGUGGGACCUUCCAAAGAUUUUCAAGUAAAGAAAGGUUUUUCACAGUCACCAGAAAUGCCUGACACACUAAUGGAAGACUUAAAUAAUAUAUUACAAAGGAAAUUAAAAUUGGGACAUACUUACUGCAAGGAGGAAGGUGAACCACUACGUUACUCUGAUACCAAAAUUCUAAUGCAGAAUGUACUUAGAAUGGUUGGAAGCACCCAGCUUGGAAGCAGCAUGUUCAGUGAGUCACAACUCAAGCAAACAAGCAGUACUGUUAGAGAGGCAUUAAUGGAUAACACACCGUGCACAGACACAAAGGACAGUGAUGCACUUUCAUUGCUUUGGCCUGAUUGCAGAAGUCCUGAUCUUCUUCGCGAUAUUCUGCAGCGGGAAUUCUGUAACCAGAAGAUGAGUGAUCCAGAUGAAAUGAAGAGUGAAAUAGAACAAGAGGUGAAAACUCCUACCGCUAAUCUUACGGCUUCUGAACUUAUGAAAAUUUUCAAAAUGUCAUCUGGAGAUGAAAGUAAGAGGAAAUUAGAGGAGCUGAUAAGUAGUUUGCUUACGAGCUCACAGGGUGCUGACAUCACCACAGCACAUGAAGGUAAAAGCAAAGUAGGUAGGCUUUGUGCUCUUUUCUCAACAGAACAGUCAGAGUUUGGAUCAGAAAUUCCUAAAGAGAAAACAUUGGCAGAUGACACAGCUGAUGCUUGGAAAAGUGACCAGGAGCAUGAGAAGACAGACAGCCUCUUCAGAGGCUUUACUGGGCCUGCUUACAUGACAAAAACACUCCUGGAUGACAAUUCCACUAGCAAGGUUGAUGGAGAACAGGAAUGUUUGAAGUUAAGAGACAAAAUGCAAGAGCAUUUGGCAGUGCUUCAAGAGGUGAAAAGACACCUAGAAAACCAGAAACCUAUUAGUAGUAACCUGGAAGUACUAAAAGAACAAUUGCAGCAACUAGAGUCAUUUGAAUCAGGAUUGGCUGCCUUUGCAAUUAUCCUAAAAAAGGACAUGAAGUUGACAGAAGAAUUCUUAAAGUUUCAUCACAAAGAUAUUCCUGAAGCGAAACUUAAAGAGCUAAAGAUAAGCUAUGACUAUUUGGAGGAAGCAUUUUUGAUGGUCUGUGAUACGUCUUCAAAACGAGCAAAACAAAUAGUCUGUUCUGUUGACUUGGAAAUGUCUAAGCUUGCAGAAUUGCACCAGCAACUUCUAAGCAAACUCCAGACAUUUUCAGACUGGAUCACAGAACACAGUAAAAUCAUGAAUGACUUCAAAGUGAAUACCAAUGACAUAGAAGAUAUGAAGCAAAGCUUAAAGCUACUCAAAAACACUGCUGCAGAGGUUGCUCGUACAAAAAUGCAACUGGAGUCCACUGCAUUUGAAGUUCAGUUCUUCAUUUCUGAACACGCCCAGGAUCUUUCUCCCAGUCAGAGCAAACAGCUUCUGAGGCUCUUAAAUACCAUUCAGAAAUCUUUUCAGGAAGUGCAGGAAACUGUAACAUCUCAAGUGGAGAGUUUAGAAACUGAGUUACAGGCAGCGCAAGAGCUGGGUGACCAGAAGGAUGUGGCUGAACGACAGCAAGAAUGCAAAGAGAAACUGCAGGAAAUAUGUGAUAUGCUGACACAGACUGAAAAUCGACUCAUUGGACAACAAGAGUCUCUUGUUAUUGGAGACAGCAAGGCUGAGCUAGAGCAGUACCAGACGAGACAGGAGGAGAUACAAAAAGACAUGAGAGCAAGUGCCCAGACAUUGGCAGAGAUUGUGAAAAAUACUGAAAACUUCUUAAAAGAAAACGGAGGAAAGUUGUCGCAAGAGGACAAGGCUGUUCUUGAACAGAAACUGAAUGAAGCAAAGACCAAGUGUUUGCUCCUUAGCCAAAAGGCAGAAGAAUCUAAAAAAGAACUGGAUAAAGCUAUGACAACAGCAAUUAAGCAGGAGACAGAAAAGGUUGCAGCCAUAGAACAGCUGGAAGAAAGUAAAAAUACAAUAGAAAACCUCUUAGACUGGUUAUCAAAUGUGGAUAAAGAAGCAGAGCAUGGCAGGAAAUUUAAGCAAGCAAUAGAACAGAAUGGAACACACUUUGAAGAGGGAGAUGUGAAGGUUUUGGAAGGAGAGGAGGAUGAUGUCAAUGGUAAUCUGCUGGAAAUUCAACAAGGCAUUGAAACUCAGGUGGAUGGACUAGUGAAAAGCACAGACGAUAAUCUGAAUCAACAGUAUCAGAAAGUCAAGGCUCAACAUGAGAAAAUUAUUUCACAGCAGCAGGCUGUCAUAAUAGCAACUCAGUCUGCUCAGGCACUACUCGAGAAGCAAGGACACUACCUUUCUCCUGAAGAAAAAGAGAAGAUGCAGCGGAACAUGAAAGAGCUGAAGGCUCAGUAUGAGACUGCUUUAGCUGAAUCAGAACGGAAGAUGAAGAUGACUCAUUCUCUGAGGGAAGAACUUGAGAAAUUUGAUAGAGACUAUAGUGAAUUUGAAACCUGGCUGCAGCAGGCAGAACAGGAGCUUGACAACUUGGAGGCUGGUGCUUCUGACUUCAGUGGUAUUAUGGUCAAAUUGAAAAGGCAGAAGAGUUUUUCAGAAGACGUUAUAUCUCACAAGGGUGAUUUACGGUAUAUUACAAUUUCUGGACAAAGAGUUUUGGAUGCUGCAAGGUCAUGUAGCAAAAGAGAUGGUGUCAAGGUUGACAAAGAUGGUAUUGAUACUUCGGCUACUUAUGCUGAAGUGCAAAAUAAACUGGAUAGCGCUUCAGAUCGUUUUAAAUCUCUCUACACUAAGUGUAGCAUCCUUGGAAAUAACCUUAAAGACUUGGCAGAUAAAUACCAGCAUUAUGAAGAUGCUUCAUCUGGACUUCUGUCAGGUCUCCAGGCCUCUGAAGUAGCUGUGAACAAACAACUAUCUGAGCCAAUUGCUGUGGAUCCCAAAAAUCUCCAAAGACAACUGGAAGAAACCAAGGUUCUUCAAGGACAAGUGUCUAAUCACCAAAUUGCUGUAGAAAAACUUAAAAAAGCUGCUGAAGUGCUUUUGGAUUCAAGGAAAGAGUUGGCAUCAGACAAAGAGGAGAUUCAGAAAACACUGGAUGAUAUAGUGGAGAGAUAUGACAAUUUAUCCAAGUCUGUGAAUGAAAGGAAUGAGAAGCUCCAAAUAACAUUGACUCGAUCCCUAAGUGUGCAGGAUGGCUUGGAUGAAAUGCUGGAUUGGAUGGAAGGUGUUGAAAAGAGCCUUGAAGAACAAGAUCAAGUGCCUUUGAAUUCUGCUGCUAUUCAAGAUAUCAUUAGUAAAAGCAUUAUGCUAGAACAAGACAUUGCUGGUCGUCAAAGCAGUAUAAACACUAUGAAUGACAAAGUGAAGAAGUUCAUGGAAACAGCAGAUCCAUCCACUGCAUCCUCACUGCAAGCCAAAAUGAGUGAACUUGCUGGACGUUUUUCUGCAGCAAGUAAGAAGCAUAAAGAAAAACUUAUGAAAAUGGAGGAGUUGAAGACUAAAGUGGAAUUAUUUGAAGAUCUGUCAGAGAAACUCCAGUCAUUCCUAGAUGAGAAAAACCAGGCUCUCAGUGAGACUGAGGCACCAAGAAAGGAUGUUAGUGAAGUGUCUCAGUACAUGCAGGAGGCUAGUAUAGAAUUAGCAAAACAUAAGAAAGACCUGGAAGUUUUGCAGAACCUUCUUGAAGAACUGUCUUUACACGCUCUUCCUGGGGAUAAAGCAUUGGUACUAGAAAAAGUAAACGCUUUGUCAAAAAAAUUCAGAGAGAUAGAGGAGACUGUAAAGGAAAAAGAAGAGGAUGUAUCAUCUUGUCAGAAAGAAAUUGAUACUUUUGAGCUACUUGUAGAAUCUUUAAAGAAAUGGAUAAAAGAGACGACAGAACGAAUACCUGCUGCACAGCCCUCCCUGAAUACGGAAGAGUUAAAGAAGCCUUUGGAAGAUACAUUGAAUUUAAAAGAUGAGUGGACAUUAAAAGCAACUGAGCUGCAGAAAAUGAACAGCAGAGGAACACUGUUAUGUAAUCUGAUUAGUGCUGUGACUUCUCCUGCAAAACUGAGAGCAGUUGCAAAAUCAGGUGGCACAGUGUUGAAUGGUGAAGGAGGAGCUCCAGGAACUCAGGAUUUUCUGAAAAACAAAGAACUGACAAGUGUUCAACAAGCCAUGUCCGAUGUAAAUCAUAGUUACGAAGAUUUGGGAGUUUCUUUGAAGAAGAAGAUUUCAGAACUAGAAAGUAUGCUUUCAAAAAUGCAAAACAUUCAAGAAGAAUCAACUUCAGUGAUGCAGUGGUUACAAAAAAUGGACAAAACUGCAUCAGAUUGGGAAGCUGCUCCAACUGACAGUGAAGCUGUUAAAGCCCAAGUUGAACAACAUAAGCUAUUUGAAACUGAAUUAAAGCAAAGUGAGAAUAAAGUGCAGGAACUGAAGGACAAAGUGACAGAGCUAUUGGAGAAGAACCCCAACUCUCCUGAAGCACCUAAGUGGAGACAAGUGUUGGAUAAAAUAGACUCCAAGUGGAAAGAGCUCAAUCAAGUUACAUCUGAGAGACAACAAAAACUGGAAGAGUCUUCAAAUUACCUGACCCAGUUCCAGACAGCAGAAGCUCAGUUAAAGCACUGGCUUGUAGAAAAGGAGCUAAUGGUCAGUGUGCUGGGACCACUAUCAAUUGACCCCAAUAUGCUGAAUACACAAAAGCAACAGGUUCAGAUUCUGCUCCAAGAGUUUGACACCAGAAAGCCACAAUAUGAGCAGCUAACUGUGGCUGGUGAGGGGAUUCUGAAGAGACCUGGUGAACAUCCCCCCUCACAUGAAAUUGUAAAAGAGCAGCUGGCAGCUGUGGCACAAAAAUGGGACAACCUAACUGGCCAACUGAGUAACAGAUGUGACCGAAUUGAUCAAGCUAUAGUGAAAAGCACGGAGUAUCAAAGCCUACUCAGAAGUCUGUCUGAUAAGCUAAGUGCCUUGGAUAGCAAACUGAGCAGCAGCCUGGCUGUGAGUACACAACCUGAUGCUGUGAAACAACAACUGGAGAUUGCUAAAGAAAUGAAGAAGGAAAUAGAACAGGAAAUGAAGAGUGUAAAUGCAGCUCAAGUUCUUUGUGAAGAGCUCUCAACACUGGUUGGAGAAGAGUAUUUGAAAGCAGAACUUACAAGGCAGUUAGAUGGUAUCCUCAAAUCAUUUAAGGAUAUUGAGCAAAAAUCAGAUAAUCAUGUUCAGCAGCUUCAGUCAGCAUAUACCACUUCUCAUCAGUUCCAGCAAAGAUCUAAGGACUUUCAGGCCUGGCUAGAUGGAAAGAAAGAAGAGCUGAAGCAGGCUUGCCCUAUAUCAGCCAAACUUGAGACCUUGCAGUCCCUAAUUGAAGAACAGAAAGAUUUUAUGAAGACCCUGACCAAUGAGAUUAGUUCAUAUGAAAAAAUUGUUGCAGAAGGAGAAAGUAUAUUACAGAAGACUCAAGGAGCUGAUAAAGCAGCUUUACAGGCUCAAAUUGCCACACUCAGAAGUAAUUGGGAUGAAAUGGAUAAGCAGAUAAAAGAAAGGCAAGGUAAAUUAACAGAUUGUCUGGAGAAAGCACUCACAUACAAGCAGCACGUAGAAAAUUUGCAGCCGUGGAUAGAAAAAUGCCAAAGCAACCUGUCUGGAUUAAAAGUCAGCAUAAACCCUGUUGAAAUAGAAAAUUCUGUUGUUCAGGUGAGGGCCUGGCAGAAGGACCUGGAUAAACACCAUGGAAUAGUGGAGCUACUGAAUAAUACUGCUGAAAUUUUGCUCAGUGCAAGCCAAACAGAUAAAGAAAUCAUUAAAGAAGAAACUAAGGUGCUGAAUGAGAAAGUGAGUAUGGUCACAGAACAAUUACAUAAGAAGAGAGAGUGCUUGGAAAAUAUGGCACAAAGGCUAAAAGAGCUUCAGGAAUCAUCCAGGGAAACAGAAAAGCAGCUUCAAAGUGCCAAAGAGCACCUGGAAGCUCACGAUUCGCUUGGACCUCAGUCUUUCAGUAACAAACACCUGACAAUGAUGCAGGCGCAGCAGAAGGCUUUACAGGCUUUAAGGCCUCAUGUUGAUUUAGUAAGAAAGCUUGCCCAAGACCUGGUAGUAGAAGCUUCUGAUUCAGCAGGUGUUUCUGACCUUUUGCUUCAAGCUGAAUCUUUGGAGAAAGAAUACACUGCAGUGAACCAGCAGGUUGAAGAUAGGUGCUCCUUCUUGGAAACAAAACUUCAAGGAAUUGGUCAUUUCCAAAACAGCAUCAGAGAGAUGUUCUCUCAGUUUGCAGAGUUUGAUGAUGAACUUGAUAGCAUGGCUCCGGUCGGAAGAGAUCUUGAUGUACUGCAAUCACAGAGGGAGGAUAUAAAACACUUCCUGAAAAAGUUGGAAGAUCUUAUAAUGAAUAAUGAAAAUGCUAAUAAAAACUGUAAAAUGAUGCUAGCCACAGAAGCUGAAGCUUCUCCUGAUCUUGUUGGUAUAAAACGGGACUUGGAAGCAUUAAAUAAACAGUGCAACAAACUACUAGACAGAGCAAAAGCCAGGGAAGAUCAAGUGGAAGGUACAAUUAACCGUGUCGAGGAGUUUUACAGUAAGCUAAAAGAAUUUUCCAGUCUGCUUGGGAGAGCUGAAGAACAUGAGGAAUCACAAGGUCCUGUUGGAAUGGAAACAGAAACUAUUAAUCAGCAGCUGAAUACAUUCAAGGUAUUCCAGAAAGAAGAAAUUGAGCCCCUGCAGGUUAAACAACAGGAGGUGAACUGGUUGGGUCAAGGCCUUAUUCAAAGUGCUGCUAAAAGCACCAACACAGAAAGCCUUGAACAUGACCUUGAAGAUGUUAACACCCGGUGGAAAACUCUUAAUAAGAAGGUGGCCCAACGUGCAGCACAACUGCAGGAAGCCCUCCUUCACUGCGGGAGAUUUCAGGAUGCCCUUGAAUCUCUGCUUAGUUGGCUCAUUGAUACAGAAGAACUUGUGGCUAAUCAAAAGCCGCCAUCUGCUGAAUUCAAAGUUGUGAAGGCCCAAAUACAAGAGCAGAAACUUCUCCAGAGGCUGUUGGAUGACCGCAAGCCUACUGUUGAGGUAAUCAAGCGUGAAGGGGAGAAAAUUGCAGAGUCAGCAGAACCUGCUGAUAAAGUGAAAAUCUUGAAGCAGUUGAGUUUGCUGGAUAGUCGAUGGGAUGCAUUGCUCAGUAAAGCUGAAACAAGGAACCGUCAGUUGGAAGGCAUCUCAGUGGUAGCACAGCAGUUUCAUGAAGCUCUGGAGCCAUUGGUGGAGUGGCUGUCGGCCACAGAGAAGAGACUUGCAAAUGCUGAACCCAUUGGAACACAGGCUUCCAAACUGCAACAGCAGAUUUCUCAGCAUAAAGCCCUAGAAGAUGAUGUCCUAGCUCACAAUAAGAGUUUGCUUCAGGCCAUUAGCACUGGUCAGUCUCUAAAGACUAUGAGCUCCAGGGAAGAUAAAGAUAUGGUGCAGGAAAAGCUAGAUUCUUCUCAGGCCCGAUACAUUGAGAUUCAAGAGAAGAGCAACAGCAGGUCUGAACUUCUACAGCAAGCAUACUGCAAUGCUCAGAUUUUUGGGGAGGACGAAGUUGAGUUGAUGAACUGGCUGAAUGAAGUCCAUGAUAAACUGAGCAAGUUGUCAGUCCAAGAUUGCAACACAGAAUUGCUUGAGAAACAGCACUCUGAACUACUGGAGCUUCAGGAGGAGAUUCUUCUCAGAAAACAAAAUGUUGAUUUGGCUAUACAAAAUGGUUUAGAGCUUCUCAAACAAACAACAGGUGAUGAAGUUAUAAUAAUUCAAGAUAAACUGGAAGGCAUUAAAGUGAGAUACAAAGACAUUACAAAAUUGAGUUCUGAUGUGUCCAAGACCUUAGAGCAGGCCCUACAGCUUGCAGGUCAGCUGCACUCAACCCAUGAAGAGCUCUGCAAAUGGCUUGACAAAGUGGAAGUGGAGUUACUGUCGUAUGAAACUCAAAUACCACAGGGUGAAGAAUUAAGCCAAGCACAAGAAAGACAAAAAGAGUUGAAAAAAGAAGCAAAAAACAACAAAGCCUUACUGGACACUCUCAAUGAAGUCGGCAGUGCCUUCCUGGAACUGGUGCCAUGGAGGGCUAGAGAGGGGCUUGACAAGAUGAUAACAGAGGACAACGAACGUUACAGAUUAGUGAGUGACACAAUCUCUCAGAAGGUGGAUGAGAUUGAUGCCGCCAUCCUGAGAUCCCAGCAGUUUGAUCAAGCAGCUGAUGCUGAACUCGCCUGGAUUGCAGAAACAGAGAAGAAACUGAUGUCUCUUGGUGAUAUUAGGCUUGAGCAAGACCAGACCACAGCUCAGCUACAAGUUCAAAAGGCUUUUACCAUGGAGAUUUUGAGGCACAAAGAUACUAUAGAUGAACUUGUUAAGUCCGGGGAUAAGAUUAUGAACACGUGCACUGAAGAAGAAAAGCAGACCAUAAAGAAAAAACUGAAGAGCCUGUUACAGAAAUAUGAUACAGUCUGUCAAAUGAACUCGGAGAGAAACCUCCAGCUGGAGCGGGCUCAGUCCCUAGUUAACCAGUUCUGGGAAACUUAUGAAGAGCUUUGGCCGUGGUUAACUGAAACAGAAAUGAUCAUCUCUCAGCUUCCUGCACCUGCCCUUGAGUAUGAAACUUUAAAGCAACAACAAGAAGAGCAUCGGCAACUGCGUGAGCUGAUUGCUGAGCACAAGCCUCAUAUAGAUAAGAUGAAUAAAACUGGGCCUCAGUUGCUGGAGCUGAGCCCAGGAGAAGGUUUCUCUAUCCAAGAGAAAUACGUGGCAGCUGACACCCUUUACAGUAAAAUUAAGGAAGAUGUCAAAAAGCGAGCACUGGCACUGGAUGAAGCCAUUUCUCAGUGUACCCAGUUUCAUGACAAGAUAGAUCCAACUCUUGAGAGUUUGCAACGCAUAGUUGAACGCCUGAGGCAGCCACCUUCAAUCUCAGCAGAGGUUGAGAAGAUUAAAGAGCAAAUUAGUGAAAAUAAGAAUGUGUCAAUGGAUCUGGAAAAACUUCAGCCUGUCUAUGAGACGCUUAAGCAGCGAGGGGAGGAAAUGAUCGCUCGCUCAGAAGGGGCAGAUAAGGAUGUAUCUGCUAAAGCUGUGCAAGAUAAACUAGACCAAAUGGUCCUUAUUUGGCAAGACAUCCAGACCUUGACCGAGGAAAGGGAGGCCAAAUUGUUGGAUGUUAUGGAACUAGCUGAAAAGUUCUGGUGUGAUCAUAUGGCUCUUGUAGCUACUAUUAAAGAUACUCAAGACUUCAUUCGAGAACUGGAGGGACCUGGAGUUGACCCAUCUGUAGUCAAGCAACAGCAAGAAGCUGCUGAGGCUGCUAAAGAAGAAAUUGAUGGACUGCAAGAAGAACUAGAAACAGUUGUGAGCCUAGGCUCCGAACUUAGAGCUGCUUGUGGAGAGCCUGACAAACCUAUUGUCAACAAGAGUAUAGAUGAGCUGAACUCUGCCUGGGAUGCCUUAAACAAAACAUGGAAAGAGCGAGUGGAUAAGCUUGCCGAAGCUAUGCAGGCAGCUGUUCAGUACCAAGAUGGACUGCAGGCAAUAUUUGACUGGGUAGACAUUGCUGGCAUCAAGUUAGCAUCCAUGUCCCCAGUUGGAACGGAUUUGGAGACAGUGAAGCAGCAAACUGAGGAACUUAAGCAAUUUAAAACAGAAGCUUAUCAGCAGCAGAUAGAAAUGGAAAGACUGAACCAUCAAGCAGAACUAUUGCUGAAGAAGGUAACGCAGGAAAGUGACAAGCACACCGUACAAGACCCUCUCUCAGAGCUCAGACUAAUGUGGGACAGCCUAGAAGAAAAAAUUAUAAAUCGACAGCAUAAGCUGGAAGGUGCCUUGUUAGCCUUGGGGCAGUUCCAGCAUGCCCUGGAUGAGUUACUUACAUGGCUGACGCAUACAGAAGACUUGCUGAACGAACAGAAACCUGUGGGUGGAGACCCCAAGGCUAUUGAAAUUGAACUUGCCAAACAUCAUGUGCUACAGAAUGAUGUUUUAGCUCAUCAGUCUACAGUAGAAGCAGUUAAGAAAGCAGGAAAUGACCUGAUUGAAUCAAGUGCUGUUGAAGAAGCAAGCAAUUUACAGAGCAAGUUGGAACUUCUAAAUCAGCGCUGGCAAAAUGUGUUGGAAAAAACAGAACAAAGGAAACAGCAGCUGGACAGUGCCUUGAUUCAGGCCCAAGGUUUCCAUGGUGAAGUUGAAGAUAUGCAGCAAUGGCUGACAGACACUGAACGUCAACUGUUGGCAUCAAAACCUGUUGGAGGCUUACCAGAAACAGCAAGAGAACAGCUUAAUACCCAUAUGGAACUUUGUGCUGCCUUUGAAGCCAAAGAAGAGACAUAUAAGUGUCUAAUGCAGAAAGGCCAGCAGAUGCUUGCAAGAUGCCCAGGAUCUGCUGAAACAAAUGUUGAGCAGGACAUAAAUAACUUAAAAGAAAAGUGGGAAUCCGUACAAACGAAGCUUGGUGAAAGAAAAACCAAACUGGAAGAGGCCCUCAAUUUAGCAAUGGAGUUCCACAACUCACUUCAAGAUUUCAUCAAUUGGCUCACGCAGGCAGAGCAAACUCUAACUGCAGCUUCUCGGCCAAGUCUUAUCUUGGACACUGUCUUGUUUCAAAUUGAUGAACACAAGGUUUUUGCCACAGAGGUGAAUUCUCAUCGAGAUCAGAUCAUAGAGCUGGACAAAACUGGUACCCAUUUGAAAUACUUCAGCCAGAAACAAGACGUAGUCCUUAUUAAGAAUCUGCUGAUUAGUGUACAGAGUAGAUGGGAAAAAGUAGUUCAGCGUUUAGUCGAAAGGGGAAGAGCUUUGGAUGAUGCAAGGAAACGAGCCAAACAGUUCCAUGAAGCCUGGCACAAACUUAUGGAGUGGCUAGAGGAAUCAGAGAAGUCUUUGGACUCAGAUCUUGAAAUUGCAAAUGACCCUGACAAAAUAAAGAUGCAGCUUGCACAGCAUAAGGAAUUCCAGAAAUCUCUUGGUGCCAAACAUUCUGUAUAUGACACCACAAACAGGACUGGACGCUCCUUGAAAGAGAAAACCACCUUGGCUGAUGACAAUUUGAAGCUUGAUGACAUGCUGAGUGAACUAAGGGAUAAAUGGGACACAAUUUGUGGAAAAUCAGUAGAAAGACAAAAUAAACUGGAGGAAGCACUGUUAUUUUCAGGACAAUUUACUGAUGCUCUACAAGCUCUCAUUGAUUGGUUGUACAAAAUUGAACCUCAGCUAGCAGAAGAUCAGCCAGUGCAUGGUGACAUUGAUUUAGUGAUGAACUUGAUUGACAAUCACAAGGUUUUCCAGAAGGAGCUGGGAAAAAGAACAAGCAGUGUUCAGGCUCUGAAGCGCUCUGCCAGAGAGCUUAUAGAGGGCAGUCGUGAUGACUCGUCCUGGGUCAAAGUACAGAUGCAGGAGCUGAGCACUCGCUGGGAGACAGUUUGUGCCCUGUCAGUAUCCAAGCAAACACGACUUGAGCAGGCUCUCCGACAGGCAGAGGAAUUCCACUCUGUUGUUCACGUCCUUUUGGAGUGGCUGGCAGAGGCAGAGCAGGCUCUUCGUUUCCACGGUGUCCUUCCAGAUGAUGAAGAGGCCUUGCGUACACUGAUAGAUCAGCACAGGGAGUUCAUGAAGAAACUGGAAGAGAAAAAAGGAGAACUGAAUAAAGCAACAGGUAUGGGAGAAGCUAUCCUGGCUAUCUGCCAUCCAGACUCCAUCACCACCAUUAAGCAUUGGAUAACAAUUAUCAGAGCAAGGUUUGAAGAGGUAUUAGCUUGGGCCAAACAACAUCAACAGAGACUGGCCGGAGCUCUGGCUGGACUUAUUGCUAACCAGGAAUUGCUGGAAGCCUUGCUAUCCUGGUUGCAGUGGGCAGAGACUACACUUACUGAAAAAGAUAAAGAGGUUAUCCCCCAGGAGAUUGAGGAGGUUAAAGCACUUAUAGCUGAACACCAGACAUUCAUGGAGGAAAUGACCAGAAAACAACCUGAUGUGGAUAAAGUAACAAAGACCUAUAAAAGGAAGGCACUUGAACCCACUCCUGUACAAUCUCAUAUUCCUGUCCUCGAUAAGGGGAGAGCAGGAAGAAAGCGUUCCCCCACACCAGGCUUAUAUCCAUCAGCAGCCCAGGCACAAAUUGAAACCAAGAAUCCACGGGUCAACCUUUUAGUCAGCAAAUGGCAGCAAGUCUGGCUUCUGGCCUUGGAAAGAAGAAGAAAACUCAAUGAUGCCUUGGACAGACUUGAAGAGCUGAGAGAAUUUGCCAACUUUGAUUUUGAUAUUUGGAGGAAAAAAUACAUGCGAUGGAUGAACCAUAAGAAGUCUCGUGUAAUGGACUUCUUCAGGAGGAUCGAUAAAGAUCAGGAUGGAAAAAUAACAAGGCAGGAGUUUAUUGAUGGAAUUCUUUCUUCAAAAUUCCCAACAAGCCGACUUGAAAUGAGUGCUGUUGCAGACAUUUUUGAUAGAGAUGGUGAUGGAUAUAUUGAUUAUUAUGAGUUUGUAGCAGCUCUUCAUCCAAACAAGGAUGCUUACAAGCCUCUCACAGAUGCUGACAAAAUUGAAGAUGAGGUUACAAGACAAGUAGCUAAAUGCAAAUGUGCAAAACGGUUUCAAGUGGAACAGAUUGGGGAUAACAAGUACAGGUUCUUCCUGGGAAAUCAGGCUAUCACACUAAAGACCAAUCACAGUAACCAUGAAUCCAAUGAUGAUAUCAUUUAUUUAUUGCAACUCAAGUUUGGUGACUCUCAACAACUACGCCUUGUUCGUAUCCUAAGAAGUACAGUCAUGGUUCGUGUUGGAGGUGGCUGGAUGGCACUUGAUGAGUUCUUAGUGAAAAAUGAUCCUUGCAGGGUUCAUCAUCACGGGAGUAAAAUGUUACGUUCGGAAUCAAACUCUUCAAUUACCACUCAGCCUACUAUAGCUAAAGGGAGGACAAAUGUGGAGCUGCGUGAGAAGUUCAUCUUGGCAGAUGGUGCCAGUCAGAGCAUGGCAGCUUUCAGACCAAGAGGCCGUAGAUCACGACCCUCUUCACGGGGUGCUUCUCCCAACAGGUCUACUUCUCUGUCAAGUCAGGCUGCUGCCCCACCACAAGCAGUUGCUACAAGUACACCAAAGACACCACAUCAUUUAACACGCAACUAUGGUAAACCAUGGUUGACAAACAGCAAAACGUCAACUCCUUCUAAGCCAGCAGAAUCCUCAGACUAUCAAGGGUCAUCUGGAGAGGGAACACCUAUUCAAGGAAGUAAACUCAGACUGCCAGGAUAUCUAUCAGGGAAGGGUUUCCACUCUGGAGAAGACAGUGGCAUCCUGUCCACAGCAGCUACCAGAGUCAGAGCUCAGUUUGCAGAAACCAGGAGAACUCCAAGCAGACCUGGGAGCCGAGCGGGAAGCAAGGCUGGCAGCAGGUCGAGUAGCCGCAGAGGCAGCGAUGCAUCUGACUUUGAUAUUUCAGAAAUCCAGUCUGUAUGCUCAGAUAUGUCAGAGACUGUCCCAGCUACAAGCAGACCGACACCCCGAGCAGGUUCUCGGCCAGGAUCAGCCAAGCCUUCUAAAAUUCCAACUCCCCAGAGAAGGCCGAUAGCCAGCAAAUUGGACAGGUCCUUGAAGAGAUAAUAUGAUUAGCUUCAUAAAGGUUUUUUUUUCCUUUUGCGUUAAGUAUUUAAGUUCGUAAGAUGUAAAAUAUUCUGUAGAAAUCGUUGUGAAAUAUCGCAAGAGGUGGAUUUUUAAUUCUGCAGAUGGCCUUAUUUGUGUAUUUGUCUUCUUAUUUUAUGUGUAUAAUUUUUGUCAGAUUUGUUUUUGUUUAUGCCAUAUCCUGUGAGGAGGGGAGAAGAGUUUUAAUGUAAACUAACAGUUGUACACAGUAAUGUGUAGAAAGUACACUAAAAAAUAAUUACCAAAUGUACAGUGUACUGAAUGUACAGUAAAUCUCUGGAGCCUGAAGAAAAUAGACCUAUCACUAUGUCAUUAGUUAACAGUAAAGGAUACCUCAAGAUUUUUCUUUAAAAAAAGAAAAAAAAAGAAUACUAAAAAGCCAAAAGACACAAUUGUGCAUUUUGAGCUAAUGAAACAAACACUAAAGGACGUGUGUCAAAGCUACCGAGGAAUACAGACCCACAGUCACAGUACCCUUAUUUAUACAGCAUCUCUCAGAGAACUCACACAGUUAAGCACUUGCCAGUGAUAUGAUACUCCAAUACCUUGCAGCGUUUCUGUGCCAUUGCUUUCGGUGAGGCCAGACACAUUCUGGAUAUCGGAACUAUUAUUCUAUAAGAAUAUCAAUAUAAAGUGCAUUCAUGUAAAUGUGAGGUUUUCUUUUGCUUGAGUGGAUGGUAGCACUGUAUUAUUAUUGAACUCAUUUUGUAUCAAAGCAAUUUUGCUUGCAGAAGGCUCUGAAAUAAACAUGUCCCUUAACUUUA